UACUAGUAGUGCCUCGACAACUUCCAUCCUUCCUUCCCUCGGCCACCCUCGCUCUCCCUGAUCGGUUUCCAGAACGAUGGGUCCCAUGAGAAAGACAGGCCAGGGCUCCAGUGCCAGAUGGAGCAAGGUUAUCCAAUCCGAGGAUGACUACCGGGAUAUCAUGUGGACGGACCUCCUCAAUAUUGCCCGGAAGAACUGGGAGCAGGUCAUACUCGACCCUUCGUCACUACCAGUCCGAGAUGCGAAGAAGAACGGGUAUCGGAAUGCUCCUGCGUGGUGGGCGGCCGUCGAGAAAAACUCAAACGUCUAUUGCCAUGCCGAGGACGCCGUCGAGCAUGACUUCGAAACUGCCUUGAGGGCGGGCGACCUCUCCUUGCCUUACGUCCGGGUCGCAGAGAGCCGCAGCGGCAGAAAGUUCUACGACGUGCAGGACCGCGACAACCCGCACUCCAACCUCAAGAUUGCCGUGUGGGGCUGCUACGGCGACGAGUCGUUUGAAGAGCAACAAAAAGGCCACCCCAUCGAACUUUGCACCCAGAGCAGAAAGAGGCCGGGGUGUCAGGACGUCGCAAAGACUCUCAACAUAGAGUACUGCACCAGAGAAAAGCUGCAGGAGGAGAGGGGGGUGAUAGCGGCAUCGAACCAGAGCUACGGGGGUGCCGGUCGCGGACACAGUGACUCCGGCCCUUCCUCCUCUGGCCGCCGUUCCGGCCCUUCUGGUCCUCCGUCCAAUCUCCCUUCGAGCAGUAUGCGUCCCUCCGGGCGGGGUGGUCGCGGGGCAGACAUGUCACAGCUGAGCGGGAAGAUGUCGUCGCUCGAUGUUUCCCCCCCGAGAAGGGAAUCGGCAAGAAAGGAACGCGCUGGGAAAGAAGAGUACUGGACCUGGGACCCAAAGAGGAGGGAAUACUACCACAUGCACAGAGAUGGGACGGUGUCGGUGAGUAGGUCGGGCAGAUAAGGACCGGUUGCGGGUAUGGAAGUACAACAGUCGUGUUUGGAAACACAGGAAACAUGCUAUGCCAGUGCGGGCUGGAUUCCGCGCAUGAUGGCGUUACUGUUUCUUCGGUGUGUUUGAUCUCGGCUCUGCUCCCUCAGUCAUCAUGUGGGUGACAGAUUUGAGCCAGGCUCAGGUAGCCAACCUCAACUUCACCACCCAUAAUUAGGUACUCAAUUUCAG